CAACGGGCGACAGACCCGACAGCUGUGAUUAGAAAGCGACUUGAAAGGCGAAUUCGUCCAGAGACCAAAUUCCGGUGGCGCACAAAAUGAAAAUGCUGCAGCAGACACGAUCUGCUAAGUUUCUGCACGGAGCUUCUGGUCGGUCGUGCCUGCCAUAACAAAAGCAGUACUUUCUUCAAGGGACCCACGAACCGAGACAAGCAAAGCAACUGCAAGCACCACUUCCGACACCAAGAAAUUACGCGCGGCACCUCAACCAGGCAUUGCUGCAAUCAACUCGUUCUUGCGACAUGUCUCAACGACAUCAUCGCCACAACCGACCCUCCUGCUCUCAAGACAACUGCGGAUCCCGCCGCUUCCACGUCGGCGACGAUGGCUUCACAUAUUGCGAUCAAGGGCAUCAACAAGAUGCUGGACUGGUCGUGAGUCAGGACACAGGAGAGCUGAUUAUCGAGGGAAGAAGGACGAGGAGGAAGGCCGACAGUGAUGCCGAGAGCGGUAUCACGAGGGUCUCCGGUUUCACUGGCACCAAAGCAUUCGAGCACUACCUGCUUUGCAUACAGCUGAUUCUACGAAAACAACUUCGAUGGCUGAUCGACGUCAGAAAACUGCCCGCAGAGCUGGAGACGGUGGUAAGAGACCUCUUCGCUCUGCGACUACAAAAGUUAGAGCACAAGGUCUCGAACGAUCACGACAUCGACACAGACGCACAGUCCUCACGCAUGUUCAGCUCACAGUCAGAAGGUGAGUCCGGGACCGACGCUGAUACCGUAACAUCACGCCGAAGCGCAGUCUUGCGCAAGCAACCACAAAACCCAAAACUCACCGAGCUUUUGUCUCUGAUCUAUGUCGGUAUACUGCUGUUGAGAAUACCCAUGACCGCUGCAGAUAUGCAUAAGUGGGUCAAUGAUGGCGAUCUGCUCUACUAUCGAGCUGCACGAGAAGUUCCGCUCUCAAUGCGGGAUCGUCUACCAGGGCAUCUGCAGGAACCACUGGAGCCGCAGGACCUACUACGCUCAGAGAGUGUUCAUCGUAGGGUUCUUGAUUUAUUGACAAGUCUCGAUGCGGACUUUGGCAUGCAAGCGCCGCCACUGAACCACCCAUUGGUGCUGUAUCGUUGGGUAAAGGCUCUGCAAUUGCCGCUCGAGGUCUAUGUCAUUGUGCAGCGACUGGCUCGGCUCCUCCAGCUCGACUUUCGGUAUAGUGUUGAUGCGAAGGCGUGGUCGAGUGUCAGCCUUCGAUAUCCAGAGGUGCGAUUGAUGGCGUUGGUCGUCAUCGCGACCAAGUUAUUGUUCCCUUUCGAUGAUGCGAACCGGUAUCCUACGUCCGCAAGCGACGCGAGCGCGCUUAGGAUGGAUUGGGAUGCAUGGCAGCAGGUUCAACAGUUUGGAAGCGAUGCGAACGAUGACAACGGCCACGGGAGUUCCAUCGUGUUGCGAGAUGAGUCCAGCCACCUCACCUAUCAGGACGCCUUUACCAUGACGGAGUCACAAAGUCUGGAUCUGGCAGAUGACCGUUUGGACGAAUAUCUCGACUGGUACGAGGGCAAUAUCGCUUCGGAGGAAAUCCGUGAGCGAGGACGAGCUGGUCGCGACGCAGAGUUCCGGAGGACGUUGUUCAGAAUGUUUCCAGCGCACAACGAGCGCGAAGGAGAGUCCAAAGAACCACGUGCGUGGGCCGAGAUUACCGAUGCUGGCACCACUUCGGCGGAGAAAGUGAUCCAGGUCCAAGCAGCACUCCGUCCACAGCGCAUAGUCGCGGAACAGCAAGCCGAUGAUGUGCCACGCACAGGCAGCUCGUAUAUUCAGUACAGAGCAGUGGAAGAACUGGAUGGUGCCACCAAGACCUUCCAUGAAAAGGCCGCCCAAUUGGCCGGGUACCCACUGCACGGCCUGCUGAGGGCAGUGUUUGCGAUCGAGCGCAGACUGCUCCUACUCGAGAAGGACCUGAAGAAGCAACAAGACCAGGAAGAAUCAUGAAUGUCAUCUUGAAGGCGAGGCUUCCUCAGAUGUGUGGUAGCAGCAAAACCUCUCAUCGACUUCUCGCCGUGUGUAUGGCCUUGUGUUUCCCCAUGUCUCUGAUAUCUCCACAGCUUGGGCAUGCCACGCGCACUGGUGUGCAAAGCUUCCACCGCUUCUUUAGCAGCGUGGCCGAUCCUGCUCCUGCGGCCAUCUUUCAAUGAACCCUCCUGCCACCGCCUUAUGUCGCCAUGGUUCAGAGUGGGCCAUCAACGGGCGAUCCAUGCUGUUACAGAGUGCUCCUCGCGUCUUCACCAAACGAGGAUUUUUUCGCCAAUCAACGACAUUUGGAAUGGAGCCAUGAAAUUGGGCGAACGGGAAUCGUGUAAAGCGUGCAGCGCAAUGCCAAAAUCGGAAAAUUCGAGAGGCAGGCUGUGCUAGCGCUGUGGAAGAGGUUUCCAUGCUCUCGUGAUGAUGAGAGCCGGGCGUCGCAUACAGCCUUGUUCAAUCUCGCCAUUGAGUUCACAUCCAUGGCAAGCGCGCAACGUCCUUGCUUGCCGCGAACGGAAGGAAACGGCUUGCGGCUCUCUUUCUCACCAAU